AUGACGUUAGAUAAGGCUCACCCACACCAGACCGCCUCCACCGCCAGCCUCACCCACACCAGACCGCUUCCACCGCCAGCCUCACCCACACCAGACCGCCUCCACCGCCAGCCUCACCCACACCAGACCGCUUCCACCGCCAGCCUCACCCACACCAGACCGCCUCCACCGCCAGCCUCACCCACACCAGACCGCCUCCACCGCCAGCCUCACCCACACCAGACCGCCUCCACCGCCAGCCUCACCCACACCAGACCGCCUCCACCGCCAGCCUCACCCACACCAGACCGCCUCCACCGCCACUCCGCUAGGCUCACCCACACCAGACCGCCUCCACCGCCAUCCUCACCCACACUAGACCGCCUCCACCGCCAGCCUCACCCACACCAGACCGCCUCCACCGCCAGCCUCACCCACACCAGACCGCCUCCACCGCCAGCCUCACCCACACCAGACCGCCUCCACCGCCACUCCGCUAGGCUCACCCACACCAGACCGCCUCCACAGCCAUCCUCACCCACACUAGACCGCCUCCACCGCCAGCCUCACCCACACCAGACCGCCUCCACCGCCAGCCUCACCCACACCAGACCGCCUCCACCGCCAGGCUCACACAUAUCGCUAAAUCAGUAUUGUUAG